AUGACAGUUUUCACGACCGUGGUGUGUCCAGCAGACCUGCACGACGCACGGUUCCAUAACCCGACGAAAAUAGCGCCCACGAUCCAGUACCAGAUCCAGCCGACGUCGUACUUCACCCUCUACCACAUCCAGCAGUACAUUAACGACUUGACCUUGCUCCCGAACCGCAUCCACGCCAACUCGGUGCUUUCAUUCAGCGUCUCUAAUAGCUCGUUCUCCAGCUACCGCACGUCCUGCCUCCUGAAACAGCAUUUGAACAUCUUGUGGGAGAACUGCAAGAUCCAGAGGAUCGAUCUGGACUUCACGCAGUUCAAGUUCAAAAGGGAGAUUCUCCAGCGAGUCGUCGCCCUGACCAACCACAUCCAGAAACACGGCAAGUACAACGUCUUUUUGAGCGUCACCGUUCCGCUAGACAAAGACUUGGUGAUACCGGAGGAGUUUAUCCAGAUUUUGAGGAGGUUCAAACAGGAGUUUAUCAGCUUCAGCAUGCUCAAUAUACUCAUCACGAAAAACCUCAAACGAAAAAAUGUCGAAUGGUUAGAGAUGGCGAAAAUGGCGUACAAGAACGUUGCUUCCCAGUUGCGAAAGUACGACGCAGCAAACGAGAUCUUUAUCGGAUCCAUAGAAAAAUACAUAGGACUUUCUUUCGAUUGCGACGUCACCCCAAACAUCCACCACUACGACGUGAAGACCUUAGCAAAGCUAAUAUCUCCCCACUCAUCGUCUUCUUACAGUUCUUUGAAUACUCAUAGCAUGAAAACUACCGUCAGACAGAGCGUCAAGCACGGAGAGAAGAAGAAUAUGUCGGAGCUAGAUUUCCUUAUGAUAUGGAAGUGGGCAAAUAAAGCCGGAUUGGGCCAGGUGCAGCUUAAGUCUUAUCUGGCCAAUUCGAAGAACGUGAAAAAAGUGAUUGAGAAGAACUUGAGUCUUUUAAAACCAAAUGCUGGAACCGAUUCCUCGUUGACGUUGCCACAAGAUAUGCUAUACAGAUUAGCUGACGAAGUUGGCAUCCGUAAUAUCACCACCGUUAACUAUUUAGAGCCAGCACCUUUCGAACAACCUACUUCGAGAUCUGCCUCAACAACAUCGGCACUGAGCAGUACACAAUCCUCUUCCCCUUCUACAUCUUCUACAGAAACGGUGAACACUUUAGAGCCAACACAAAUGACUGCACUCGCGGGAAGGGUGGCAGAGCCAGUAACCCUUCUUACCGUUGACAAUGAAUACCAGCAUAGUCUACCCGAUUAUGAAACCGCCAUGCUUCACAAGGUUCAGGAGCACGAGAGGAUGAUGAACUCUCUGGCCAAACUACCAAGUUACGCAGCGGAAACAUAUUCUAGCUAA